GAACCGCACUCAAAUGGCGUCCCAGGGAAGGCCCUAACGACUGUCGUGCGCAGACUCUGAAGACGAUCGAAUUCUCCGACCUUUAGAAUGUCGAUGACGAUUUUUGCCUGCGAUGCGAGGGGGAAUCCGCCGCUUGUGGCGGCUGAGUCUGGUAUAAUCUCUGGUGAUCUUCCGGAUGCUGAUGUCCAAAUCGUCACCUCCACCGGACUGCGCAUCCCGGCGCACCGUCGCAUUUUGGCAUCGGCGUCGCCAGUACUGGAAAGCAUCAUAGAUCGGCCACGGAAACACCGCAAAUCGGAGAGAACCAUUCCGAUUCUCGGCGUUCCUUGCGAUGCAGUUGCCGUGUUUGUCCGAUUUCUCUACACCACCAAGUGCACAGAGGAGGAGAUGGACAAGUAUGGGAUUCAUCUUUUGGCCCUUUCCCAUGUGUUCUUAGUGCCUCAGCUGAAGCAGAGAUGCACCAAAGCCCUGGGUGGACGGCUGACAAUUGACAAUGUGGUCGACGUGCUUCAACUUGCAAGGCUCUGUGACGCUUCCGAUCUGUACCUCAAGUGCAUGAAACUGGUUUCCAACAACUUCAAAUCCGUAGAGAUGACCGAGGGCUGGAAGUUCGUCCAGGAUAAUGACCCCUGGCUUGAACUGGAGAUUCUACAAUUCAUUGAUGAAACUGAGUUGAGGAAGAAGAGAACCAGGAGACACAGAGAGGAACAGAGCUUGUAUCUGCUGCUAAACGAGGCGAUGGAGUGCUUGGAGCACAUAUGCAGGGAAGGGUGCACGAACGUGAGGCCUUACGAUAUGGAGCCAACCAAGAAUAGGGGCCCAUGUAGCCGCUUUGCCACGUGUCAAGGUCUGCAGCUCCUGAUUCGGCAUUUUGCUAUGUGUAAGAGGAGGGUGAAUGGUGGGUGUUCUCGAUGCAAGCGAAUGUGGCAACUCCUCAGACUUCACUCCUCCAUUUGCGACCAGCCUGAUAUUUGCAGAGUCCCACUUUGCAGACAAUUCAAGUUGAAAGAGCAACAAGAGAAAAGGGGUGACGAUGCUCGGUGGAGGUUGCUAGUGAGGAAGGUGGUAUCAGCGAAAGCCAUAUCUUCCCUGUCUCUUCCAAAGAGGAAAAGAGAGGAGGAAGCAAGAUCCAUAACAGAUCAUCCUGGAAUCAGAAGCUUCAGGCUACAUGAUCGUUAAAAAUAGAGUGUGGCUUGUUUGUUGUAACUAAUGAGGCUGCGUUGAUUGUAAAUGAAUGAAUUGAGUUUCUGGGAGCUUUC